UGUUUCGGGCAAGCUAGGGCAGUUCGCCGCCUCGUUCCUACAUAACACCAAGCCCCCCCACCCCCACCAAGCCGCCGACGACUCGAAGAAACCCUAGCGAGCCCUCGGCCAUGGCGGACUACGACCUCACCUCCCGCAUCGCUCCCCACCUCGAUCGCCACCUCGUCUUCCCGCUCCUCGAGUUCUUGCAGGAGCGGGAGCUCUAUGCCGACGAUGAGAUCCUCAAGGCCAAGAUCCAGCUCCUCUCCCAGACUAACAUGGUCGACUACGCCAUGGACAUCCACAAGGCCCUCUACCACACCGAGGAUGUGCCCCAAGAGAUGGUGGGUAGGAGGGUAGAGGUCGUCGCGAGGUUGAAGUCCCUCGAGGAGUUGGCGGCUCCGCUUAUCUCGUUCCUUCAGAAUGCUUCCUUGGUCCAGGAGCUGAGGCCUGACAAACAGUACAACAUCCAGAUGCUCCAUGACCGCUUUCAGAUUGGGGCAGAUCAGAUUGAGGCUCUCUAUCAGUAUGCAAAGUUCCAGUUUGAAUGUGGUAACUACUCUGGUGCUGCGGAUUACUUGUAUCAAUAUCGGGCGUUGUGCACUAACAGUGAGAGGAGCCUGAGUGCGCUGUGGGGAAAGCUUGCUGCAGAGAUUUUAAUGCAGAAUUGGGAUACUGCACUUGAGGAGCUGAACCGGCUAAAAGAGAUUAUUGAUUCGAAGAGCUUUGCUUCUCCCUUGAAUCAACUGCAAAACAGAAUAUGGCUGAUGCAUUGGAGCCUCUUCAUCUUCUUUAAUCAUGAAAAUGGCAGAAAUGGAAUCAUUGAUCUAUUUUUCCAAGACAGAUACUUGAAUGCUAUUCAAACAAAUGCACAUCACCUCCUCCGUUAUGUUGCAACUGCUGUCAUUGUUAACAAAAGAAGAAGAAAUAUGCUUAAGGAGUUGGUCAAAGUUAUCCAACAGGAGCUGCAUAGCUACAAGGAUCCCAUAACAGAAUUUCUGGAAUGCUUGUAUGUGAAUUAUGACUUUGAUGGUGCACAAGAGAAACUCAAGGAGUGUGAACAAGUAAUAUUGAAUGAUCCUUUCCUUGGUAAACGGAUUGAAGAUUCUAACUUUACCACUGUUCCUCUGAGGGAGGAAUUCCUAGAAAAUGCCCGUCUCUUUGUAUUUGAGACUUACUGCCGUAUCCAUCGGUGCAUUGAUAUCAGUGUGCUUGCUCAAAAGUUGAACUUGAACAUGAGCUAUGAUGAAGCACUGGUUUGGAUAACAAAUCUCAUCCGCAACUCAAAGCUUGAAGCUAAAAUAGAUGCAGUGUUAGGGACUGUCACCAUGCCAAUCGUUCAUCAAAAUGUGCACGAGCAGAUAAUAGAAGCAAUGAAGAAUCUUAAUAUGCGGACUUACCUACUGGCAAAGAACAUUGUAGAACCUGCACAAGCUGCACAAGCCACUCGUUAGGAGGGAGCUAUACCUUCUUCCUAACAUACAGUCAAUCGAUGGCCUUCUUAGUAUAGUUUUUUUUCUUUGUUUCUUGAACUCGGUAAGAUGUUAUGGAAGCUUUUUACCCAAGCGGAAAAUUUUGCAUCUGCAAAGUUGUUUUUAUUCAUAUUCCUUGUUGGCUUUAUGUAACUCUACUUUAUGGGAAAGUUUUGCUGGACUGUGUUGCAGAGUUUUGCUGGCUUUAUGUAACUCUACUUUAUUCA